UCUCGCCGACACCGGCACACGAGUCGGUUUGUGCCGUCUGGGACUCGCAUCAGCAGAGCAGAUUCCAGCAACCGAUAGUGAUACGCCAGCCGAGUCAAAACUGUCAAGUUCAGGACUCGUCCCUUCGUGUCGACACGGAGUAAGAAGUGCUUCUCCUGGAAACACUCACAACUGUCUUCGCAGUCAAACGUCGCAUCUCGGUCAUUUGUGAGCGGAGCUAGCAGAGCGGAGGGAGCAACACGAGAGCAGAGAGGUUAGGACGCCCGCGCCAACCGGAGUGAGAUAGCCUCGUCCUGUGUAGCCCCGCCGCUACUUCGCGCCGUGGCGCUACUCCCGUCCCACCGCUACCCCGCCCCUUCGCGGCGCUACCCCGGGCGACUGACUGCGGCUCCCCAGCCUGACCAUGAAGUGCGGCAUCUGCACCGAGCCCUUCGACGCCACCGACCGGGUGCCCAAGGUUCUCGUGCCGUGCGGGCAUACGGUCUGCUUGCAGUGUUUGGGGCUGCUGCCCGACAGCAGGUGCCCGACGUGCCGCCAGAACUUCAACGGCCCGCCGCCGGAACUCCCUACGAACUUCACAGUUCUGCAGUUGCUGGAGGGAGUCAGGCAGGAGAGAAGUCCCUGCGCCUGGUGCUCGGACUGCCGCGCCGCCGCCACGCCCCGCUGCUGGGAGGACCACGACGUCCUGGCCGUCAGGAGAGCCCUGAGGCGUCAGCUGCGUGACGCGCAGCCGCAGGCCGACGAGCAUCUCCAGGGCCUCCGGGACGAGCAGGCCCUGGCCGCCCUCACCCUGCUGACCGGCGAGACCUGGGACGUGACGCUGCGGGGCGGCGGCCGCGAGCUGACGGGGACCCUAGGGCACGCCGAGGACCCCGCCAAGAAGAUCCUGCGGCUCCUGCUGGCCGUGGCCCUCACUGAGGACCGAGCUGCCGCCCCGGACUCGCCACCAGCUGCCGAGGCGCUGCUACAGCCAGAGAUGGAUGUAGCAGCUAUCAGCGACAGUGAGCCCGACGCCCAGCAGCAGGAGAAGGCCACCGCCCUGCGGGACGCGCCCGGGGAGGCCACGGGGGCCAUCCGUCCCCGACAUGAGCGCCCCGAAGCGACAGCGUCCGGACGAGCAGCAGGCCCGGCGGGGCCUCAGCCUCCUGGUCGGCGAGCCGUGGAGGGUGACGCUGCGGGCGGGGGCCCGGCAGCUGACGGGGACCCUGCGCACCACCGAGGACCCCCGCACCAAGGCCUUGUCACUACGCAUGGAUCUCGCCGAGGACCAAGGUGCCGGCCGGGCCCCGCCACCUGCUGCAGCUGGCAGCUCUCUCUCUGCCGCCCCGGCCCUCCCGCGUGCUGAGGAGCGUCCCCGGCGCGCGACGGGCCCGCCACCUGCAGCUGCUGCAGCACGACGUGCAUCUGGCAGCCCUCUCUCUGGCGCCCAGGCCCACAAGGAGUUGGAUCUGCGUCGUAUGAAGUGCAACGGACCCACGCACACGAAGAAGGACAGGAACGCCGCCCUGCGGGACGCGCUAGGGGUGACGCGGCUGGUCGGCGUGAUGUGCGAGUCGGACCCUGACACGGUCAUCUGGAGCCGCCAGCUGCUGCAGCUCGCCGCACCCACCGUGGAGGAGCUGAGUCUACACGGCGCCAGAGACGAGCACCUGCGCGCGCUGUCCACCAUGCCGCGGCUGAGGAGGCUGGAGAUGCAUGUGGACCCGACCCCGCCGCAAAGCGCGCUGCCGGAGGGACACGCCGGCCUGCAGUGGCUCAGCGUGUCGGGCCUGACCCGCGCCACGCUGCAGUCCCUGCUGCAGGCGCACGGCCGCUCGCUGCUGCAGCUGCAGCUGUGGGUGGGCACGGCGUUGCCCUCCAGCGACGUGUGGCCGCACAGCUGCAGCGACCUGCACUCGCUGUUUGAGCAGUGCAACCUGGCGGCGCUGAAGAAGCUCGUGCUGCAGAGGCAGGGGGUCGAACACGACCUGCUCCAGUGCGGCAAGCAGGUCAAAGACGUGUUUGAGGCGCUGCUGGGUGCGGUGUCCGUGAAGUGCAGCAGAUGUGAUGCCGUGGAGGUGGAGUACUUGUAGAGGGCGGUGAGCGACGGCCGCACCCCGUCUCGAACCCGACACCCCGUCUCGAACCCGAAAAACAAACGCACCUUCAUAGCUCAUUUGCUUCUUCCGGUUCGAGAUUGACUUGAAGCACUGCCUUAUAAAUUUACAACAUGCAUUUUUCUGUACUAUUGUUGCUUUUAUUAUGUAAAAACUUGUCAUGAUUGGCAAAGAGAUGAAAGUUUCGUUUCAAGAAGAAAUUGUCCGUGUUGCAUUUCAUAAAUUUAGUUAAAAAUA